CACCAGGUUCAGCUCGCUUUAAGCGGGUUGAAUUAGGUCGAAUACCCAUCGAUUUGGGUUGGAAUUGGUUCAAUUGUCAUAAGAAAAUUAAUUAGAACCUUAAUGGCCCAAAAACACCUCCAACCUUUGGUUAAUUACAAAAAAGCAACCCUUUGUUGAAAUUAAUAAAGUUUAAUAUAAUAAUACCAAAUAUCAGAAAAUCCUAGAAGCUUGGAGUAAGUGGCGUUGUGUGCAGAAUUGUGUAGAAGAAGAAAUAAAUUGGGUUAGUUGUUAGUUGUAGAAUAAAGAAAUAUGGGAAAUGUAAAGCCACAAAUGAAUGGCAGUUGUGGUCAGAUAUUUUGAGAAGGAAGGCCUAUAAAUAGCCUUCUCUAUGUACGAUUGGAAGCAGAGCAAAACAAAGAAACAACAAAUAGCCAAUAAAAAGAGUUCUUUCUCUCUGCGGCCUCUCUCCCUUAAAAAAAAAAACCCCCAUUCCUUUCCCAAUUAAAAGACCACCAAAAAUUCAUCUUCCCUACAAGCUAACGAGCUCUCCCCACCAUAAAAAGCCCACCAUUAAAGUUUGAAUUAUAAGGAAAUAAUUAAUUUAUUUCCAACAAAGUGGUAUCAGAGCCCGAGUUAUUCUUAAGUAUGCUCUGUGGUUGCAGCGUAGUCUGAACUUCCACAUCAGAAAAGAAUUUCUCGUGUUUUUGUUAUCACGAUUGUCCCAUGGCCGAAAAAUCCACUUUCCCCAUUCAAUUCCCCCACCUUACCAAAACCACUUACAAAAAUUGGUGCAUUCGUAUGAAAGCUUUGCUUGGAUCCCAAGAUGCUUGGGAUAUUGUCGAAAAAGGCUACGAGAUUCCCGUAGAGGAUUCUCGGUUAUCUCCUACUGAAAAGGAGGUAUUGAGAAAAAAUAGAAAGAGUGAUCAAAAGGCACUCACUCUAAUUCAUGAAUGUCUUGAUGAAUCGAUGUUCGAUCAAAUAGCAGAUGCUACCACAGCAAAGGAAGCAUGGGAGAUUCUGCAAAAGGAAAUGCAAGGAGUGGAUCUGUUUCAGAUUACACCGCCCGUGUGAAGUCUAUCGCUAGCAAACUGAAGUAGUAUGGGGAGAAAAUUGAAGAGACCAAAGUGGUGGAGAAAAUUCUACGGUCAUUAUUACCGAAGUUCGAUUAUGUGGUGGUGGCCAUGGAGGAAGCUAAGGACGUGUCAAAAAUGACAGUGGAUGAAGUCAUCGGCUCAUUGCAAGCACGUGAAGAAAGGCUAAAUAAAAGAAAUGAAGAAUCGUCAGAACAAGUGUUAGCUACAAAAGCUACCACUGAGGAGAAAGAAGGCGCACGAGGAGGAGUUCAAUACAGAGGUCGAGGCAGAGGCAACUACAGAGGCAGAGGAAGAGGAAGAGCCCUAGGAGCAUAUCAAAGCAGAGACGGAGGAAAUUUCACCACGAACAAUUAUGAAACGUCCACCAGAGGCAGAGGUCGUGGUCGUGGAUGUGGAAGAGGAAGUUGGAGAUCAAAUGAAGGUCGUGAUAAAUCCAACGUCCAGUGCCAUAAUUGCUCGAAGUACGGGCAUUAUGCAUCGGAAUGUUGGAGUCCGCCUAAAGAAGUGGAGGAAACAGCAAACAACGUGCAAGAAGAAGAAGUCAAAGGCACAUUGAUGCUGUCACAUCAAGGAGAUGAGAAACCGAAAGACAACAUGUGGUAUAUGGAUAAUGCAGCGAGCAACCACAUGUGUGGAAAAAGAAAUAUGUUCGUGGAUAUGGAUGAGUCAGUGAAAGGAAAUGUCGUAUUUGGAGACUCCUCGAAGGUUCCUAUCAAAGGCAGAGGAACUAUACUCAUCCGGCUCAAGAAUGGCUCACAACAAUCUAUCAGUGAUGUGUACUAUGUCCCGGACAUGACUAGUAACAUCCUGAGUUUGGGUCAGCUGAUGGAGAAAAAUUAUGAAGUUCAUAUGGUAAAUCGUCAAUUGGAGCUGUUAAAUGAGAAGAAGCAGUUGUUGGCCAGAGUCCCAAUGUCGAGAAACAGAAUGUUCACGCUGAACAUUCAAACUGAAAUAGCGAAAUGCUUGAAAGUAUGUGUGAAGGAUAAUACAUGGCUAUGGCAUCUGAGGUAUGGCCAUCUAAAUUUUGGAGGUCUCAAGUUACUCGGUCAGAAGAAAAUGGUGCAUGGUCUGCCAGUGAUCAAUCAUCCAGACCAAUUGUGUGAAGGAUGCUUAGUUGGAAAGCAAUUCAGGGCAAGUUUCCCGAAGGAGUCCCUGUCACGAGCUAAAGCACCACUUGAGCUGGUCCAUGCAGAUCUUUGUGGACCGAUCACCCCAACAUCGUUCGGAAAGAACAAAUACUUCCUAUUGUUCAUUGAUGACUACAGUAGAAAGACAUGGGUAUACUUCUUGAAGCAGAAGUCAGAUACAUUUGAAGCUUUCAAGAAGUUCAAGAUGAUGGUGGAGAAUGAAAGUGGUCGCUACAUCAAAGCCAUGAGAUCAGAUAGAGGGGGAGAAUUUAUGUUGAAGAAGUUCAGAAGGUUCUGUGAAUAUCAAGGAAUUCGCAGGUUUCUCACAGUUCCAUGAAGAAAGUUGGUUUGUUUUUUUAAUCGAGGAUUUAGUUUUAGAUUUUUUUAAAAAAAUUUCAAACUCUGAUACCACUUGUCAAAAUCGGGCUGCUUAAUUAGUACGAUAUUGUCCGUUUUGAGCCAAUCAUGCACGGUUCUACUCCUAGGUUCCUUCUCCAAAAGGUCUCGUAUAGAGAUGGCAAAUGGAUUGGUGGAUACAUCACUACGGGAAAAGUGGCUUUACGCAACACUCGUCCUGCAACACUUCUAAAAAGUGUUGCAUAAAAUAAAUAUAGGCAACAGUUUCAU